CUAAAAACUAUAAACCGUUACAUUGCUUUCAUUUUCCCCUCACAUCGAGGCAGGAGCAUUCAAACCCAGGAUGCAGAUGAAACUCCUACUAAUGGCACUGUGUGCAGUGGUGUCCUCUUUCAAACAACCACUGGGCGGCAUCUGGGAGGAGUGGAAAACCCAACACGGCAAACAGUAUUCCAAGGUGGAUGAGGGCUUCAGAAGGAUGAUCUGGGAGACAAACCAAGGCCUCAUCCGUCAACACAACCUGGAGGCAGAAAUAGGAAAGCACACUUUCACCCUGGGAAUGAACCAGUUUGGAGACAUGACGAAUAAAGAGUACAAUGCCUUGUUGACUGUUAAUGCUGCUGAGGAGGAGAAACUCCUGGAUGGGAUCCCCCUCUCUAAGUGGAACUGCAGUCUCUCAGCAGCUCCUGAGACGUGGGACUGGCGUCCAUAUGGAUAUGUGACUCCAGUGAAGAACCAGGGGUCUUGUGGAUCUUGCUAUGCAUUUGCUGCAGUCGGAGCCCUGGAGGGCCAGUUGUUCAAGCAGACAGGCAAACUGUUGCCUCUGAGUGAGCAGAACCUGGUGGACUGCAGCGGAGACUAUCACAAUAAUGGCUGUGGAGGUGGCUUGGCCAUGAGGUGUUUUAGUUACGUCUCAGAUCAUGGGAUUAUGUCGGAGAGGAAAUAUCCUUACACUGCAGAGGUGGGCCCUUGUGAAUACCAGAACGCAACAAAGGAAGCCUGGUGCAAAGGCUUCAACAGAGUUCCUUCGCUGGAUGAAAAAGUGUUUCGAGACACUUUGUAUGAGGUUGGCCCUAUCGCUGUGUCUGUGAACGCCACACAUCCCUCCUUCAAGUUCUACAAAGAUGGAGUCCUCUACCAGCCUGACUGUUCAACAAGAACUAACCAUGCUGUACUGGCUGUCGGGUAUGGUAGUUCUUACCUGGACUACUGGAUUGUGAAAAACAGCUGGGGUACUGGUUGGGGAAGAGACGGGUACAUUCUCAUGGCCAGAGGAUACAACCAGUGUGGUAUUGCCAGACGACCAGUCUACCCUAUUAUGUGAUUUGUGCAUGUUGACACACUUGGAAUCCUAGAUAGAAAUACAGUGCAUUCAGAAAAAAUUCAGACCCCUUGACUUCUUCAACAUCUUGUCACGUUACAGACUUAUUCUAAAAUGUAUUAAAUAUUUUUGUUUUCUCACCAAUCUACACAUAAUACCCGGAAAUUACAAAGUGUUAACAGG